ACACACACACACACGGAAGCAGACUCAAGAAUGUAAUGUAGGCAGACCGUGAAUUGCCUCACAUGCCAGUACAGUAGGUGGCGGUAUACGCGAACUGACAACCAAAUCCUAAAGAAAAAGAACAGACGUAAACAAAGAGCACAUCGCACAUAUUCAUUCAAACGAGAGCAGGUCCACUGACGGUUCAACCACAGCGUCAGAAAUGAACGGUCAAGCCGAUAUGGAGGUGGACUACAAGCAGAAAUACAAAAAUCUCAAACGCAAAUUGAAAUUCCUGGUUUAUGAGCAGGAGUGUUUUCAGGAAGAGCUCAGAAGAUCCCAGAGGAAGCUGCUCAAAGUGUCCCGAGAUAAAAGUUUUCUGUUGGACCGAUUGUUACAAUACGAGAGGGUGGACGAGGACUCCUCAGAUUCUGAUGCCACAGCCUCUUCUGAGAACAGUGAAGGAGAGGGCACCAGGGAGAGAGACGGAGGAAAGAAGAGAAGGAGUAGCCCUGGCGUAGGCCUUCCCUCGUCCUCAUCCUCCCAUCUCUCUCUCCUCUCUCGUUCUGGGGUGAACCCUCUCCAGUCGUCGGGCAGUACCCCCUACCUCAACACAUUGCCCUUCCCACCAGAGUAUUUGGCUCCACCAGCUGAGAGAAUGAAGAAAGAGAGAAAGACAAAGGCGCCCAAACACAAGAAAGAGACAUCGGGGAAGGUGGUGGCCCCUCUAGCAGCCAACUACCCAGCGGGCCCGACUGCCCCUCCCACAUCCAGCGCCUCGUUCAACUGGGUGCCCAGGCAGAUGCUGAGUGGAGAUGCCGCGGAGGAGGAGGGAGAGAGCGACGGAGACUCAGACAGAGGAGACGAUGACAGGGGGGAAGGAGAAGAGGCUGACCUUGUCAUCGAUAUCCCCAACGAGUGAACUGUGUGUGUGUGUGUGUGUGUGUGUGUGUGUGUGUGUGUGUGUGUGUGUGUGUGUGUGUGUGUGUGUGUGUGUGUGUGUGUGUGUGUGUGUGUGUGUGUGUGUGUGUGUGUGUGUGUGUGUGUAAAGGAUUGUUAGUGUGUAAAAGCACAAUGUGAGUGUGUGUGGAUUCAACCCCUCCCACUGUCAAAUGCUUAGCCAAGCUCCCCCCAUUGGACCUUCAGGUUACUGCAACAAUAUCUUUCUCUAAACAACGUGACCUGUCAUAAUAACGUCACUAAUUGACUCCUUUAAUGUCAUUUUACUGCCUUUUACUGUAAUACAAGUUAUGGAAGAACUGGUAUUGACGGCAUGGACAGCUACAGGACUGCAUACAUGUAGCACCUACCUUUUUAUGGGAAACUGUCAAAUAAUACAUUUUCUGUUGGAGAUAAUGGAGACGUUAUGUUUUCUAAAUUGCAUUAAAGUGGUAACAUUUCA